CAAGAUGUCGGCGCCUACAGUGUUGUCGUGAUGCAGGGAAGCAGGUCAUUUACAGCGUUUUUCUAAGCGGGACGUGACACUUCUGACAUGGGCUACUGGUCUCAUGUGUUUGCAACAAUAACGCGGAAACAACACACCUGGAAUUAAAACCGAAACACAAUCAUGCAGGUGUCCGUGAGAAGGCUGGUUCUGUAUCCCCUGUGUGCAGCCCGGUCCAGCCUGAGCAGGGCUGCUCUCCUGAGGCCGGUGCUUCGCCUCCUGUCGCCCAGCGCUCGCACCCUGUUCAGCGAUACAGGAAUCUGGGAGAAAGACUAUCGAACUGAGACCAGACGCAAGGUGGAGGAAUGGUGGCACCCACGGAUUAUGGCGCAAUGGCAGAAGGAUGCACUCGAGGAGAGUGCCAACAGGAAGAAGUUUUAUGUCCUCUCCAUGUUUCCGUACCCGUCGGGGCGACUGCAUAUGGGCCAUGUGCGAGUGUAUACCAUCAGUGACACCAUCGGCCACUUCCAGAGAAUGAGAGGCCAUCAGGUGUUGAAUCCGAUGGGUUGGGAUGCUUUUGGACUUCCAGCUGAGAAUGCAGCUAUAGAACGAGGUCUCGAUCCAGAGGAGUGGACUAAAAGUAACAUUCAGUCCAUGCGGGAGCAGCUGGACACACUCGGGCUUUGCUUCAACUGGGAUCGGGAAGUGACCACCUGUCUCCCAGACUACUACAAGUGGACGCAGUAUCUCUUUAUCAAGCUCUUUGAAGCAGGAUUGGCGUAUCAGAAAGAGGCUGUGGUGAACUGGGACCCUGUCGAUCAGACAGUGCUGGCGGAUGAGCAGGUGGAUGAAAAUGGUCGCUCCUGGAGGUCUGGCGCGCAGGUGGAGCAGAAGCUACUCACACAAUGGUUCAUCAAGACGACAAACUAUGCCAAGCCUCUCCUGGAUGCCCUGGAGGAUCUCCCAGAGUGGUACGGGGUCAAAGCCAUGCAGGCGAACUGGAUCGGAGAGUGUACCGGCUGCUACUUCGAUUUCAAACUCAGGGUGAACGGGGAGGAGACGGGGGAGACCCUGUCAGCCUACAGCUCCUCCCCAGAGACGGUGUUCGGAGUGGCUUACCUGUCCAUCCUGCCCUCCCACAGACUCCUGCAUGGCAGCAGCUCAGUCCGCUCUACCCUGCAAAAAGCCUUUCAGCCAGGCAGAGACUCCCUUACAGAGGUCACAGCUCACAACCUGUUCACCGGCCACGAGGUUCCCCUGGUCAUCUCACACAGGGAGGCGUUUGAUGGCUAUCUGGACACUGUGCUUGGUGUCCCGGGCUGCAGUGAGGAGGAUUUGUCUGUGGCCAGAGCUCUGAAUCUGAGGUGGACCACUGUGCUGGAAACCCACGAAGACGGGACACAAACUCUGAUCAACUCAGAGGAGUUCUCAGGCCUCCCCAGAGAGCAGGCCUUUGACUCCAUUACCCAGAAGGCCAGAGAGCAGAAGGUUGGAGGGCACCUCACCAGCUCCAAGCUCAGGGACUGGUUGAUAUCCAGGCAGCGGUACUGGGGCACACCCAUCCCUGUGGUGCAUUGUGGGUCUUGCGGUCCAGUGGCAGUCCCUGAGGAGGAGCUACCAGUCACUCUGCCAAAGCUGCCGUCUCUCACAGGAAAAGGUGCGUCGCCUCUGGGAGCUGCACACGACUGGGUCAACUGCAAAUGUCCAAGAUGUAAAGGCCCAGCGAGGAGGGAAACCGACACCAUGGACACGUUUGUGGACUCGGCCUGGUAUUACUUCAGAUACACAGACCCUCAUAACCCAGACAGGCCUUUUGAGCGUCACCUCGCAGAUCACUGGCUGCCUGUGGACGUCUACAUCGGAGGGAAGGAACACGCCGUCAUGCACUUGUACUACGCUCGCUUCCUCUGUCAUUUCUGCAAGGAUCAGGGUCUCGUGGCUCACAGGGAGCCUUUUUGGAAGCUCCUGGUCCAGGGUCUGAUCAAGGGCCAGACUUUUAAACUGGCAGACAGCGGCCAGUACCUGAAGAGAGAAGAAAUAGACUUCACAGAUAAGGAACCAGUGGCGCUGAACGGUGGUCGUAUUGAGGUGACCUGGGAGAAGAUGAGCAAGUCUAAGCACAAUGGACUGGACCCCCAAGAGGUGGUGCAGCAGUAUGGCGUGGACACGGUUCGACUUUACAUUCUUUACGCCGCUCCGCCUGAACAGGACAUCCUCUGGAAUGUCAAAACCGAUGCUCUUCCCGGGGUUUUGCGAUGGCAGUCUCGACUCUGGCAGCUGGUCACCAAACUGAGAGCAGCGCGGCAACUCGGAGACGUCCCGAACCCUUCCGUGCUGAAAAAGAAAGAGCUGGCAGAAGCCAAGAAGAUCUGGGAGAACAAGAACUAUGCAAUCCGAGAGGUGACGACUCACUUCACAGAGGACUUCCUGUUUAACGCAGCCAUGUCUCGUUUAAUGGGACUCACCAACACACUGAGUAGUGCAACAGUCAGGUUGUUGCAGCACAGUGUGGAGUUUGAGGAAGCUCUGGCUGCACUGGUUAUGAUGACGGCACCUAUGGCUCCUCACUUGGCUUCUGAACUCUGGGCAGGUCUUUGCCAGGUGAAAAACCCCCUCAGCCCCCUACUCCUGCGAGGUGGAGACGUCCUGCAGCAGUCCUGGCCGACUGUGGACCCCGAGUAUCUGGAGGCCCCUGACUUUGUGGAGCUGUCUGUGCUGAUAAACAACAAGUCCUGUGGCACAGUGAUGGUGCCUGUGCAGGUGUCCAAAGACACCAUUCGGGUGCAACAGCUGGUCUUAGAGAGCCCGAUAGGACAGAAGCUUCUGGGCGAGCGCAGCAUCAAGCGAGCCAUCCUGUCCCCCAGGACUGCCCUCAUCAAUUUCCUUGUUGAUGAGUGACGUUUGGGCGUUUACUGCAGUGUUUAUAGCAGCUAGAUGGUGGUGAAUGCUUGUCAAUCAGCGACUCGACACAGAGAGGCGAAAGAGGUGGACUUUGUAAUGCCAUGUUUAUAACGACCCUCAUAAUGUCAAUGUAAAUAAAUCCAAAAACAUUUUAUUUAUAUUUACCUGUUUUUAUAAAAAAAAAAGAUUCAAGAAGCAGUGUGUCUCUAGUAUCUUUAAACAAAAAUCAGCAGUUGUCUCUUUCACAUCAGACCUACUUUACGAUCACACACGAGCCCAAACACCACUUUAGAUUCCAGCCAUCAUUCACCUUCUCCUCUUUCCCCACAACGUCACUUUCAACAUUGCCCUCAUAACCACAACUUCACACCUCUCCGUCUGUCAUAUGUCUCGCUGUUUGUCGUCUCAGCCGAGUCACCUAUUCCUGAUUUACCUUAUCAGUGUUUGUGUCCACCUCUGGUGCUGCUUUUAGCCAUAGAUCUCGUCUGAGUACCGUACAUGGACUGCUGUGUGGCUUCUGGAUGUGCCGCUGGGCUCUAUGAUCACCAUCAGAAGGUCUGUUGGAGGUAACCGAGCAGCCUCAUGUGGUCGGGGAUUUUUCACCUCACCGCCACAUCAUGAUUGUCCCUUGCUGUUCUUGUGCCUCACGUCCAGCUGUGCCUAUUCAUCAGCUCUGUGUCUCGACAUCGGGCCAACAUGACUCAGCCAUUAGCUCCGUCCUGACACAGGCCAGAGGCAAUGAAAUGUAUCUGUAUCCACCCACUGGCCUAUCUUUAAAGCUUGGGUGACAGGAAAAGACUCACAGGAGAGACAGAAUAACAGGAAGGGACACCAGGAAUAAGAGGAGGGGAGCAAAGAGCCAAAACUCUGCUAGUUAUUCUCUGCAUUGUCUCAGAUUCUGCGAAUUGUAUCUCAACCAGAUGCUGUCACAGCACAAAACAGAAAGUGAGACAAACCUGCAGAGGCAUUUUAUCUUCUGUCACCUCAUCUUUGUAUCUGCCAUAUUUUCCUUCACACUUCAGACUGGCUGUGUGAAAUAACUGUAAAAUCCGUGGCGGGCCAUUUUUAACCCCUGAUCUCUUCCUUUUUUGUGCAUGUCUUAUUGCUGCAUCUCUUUUCACACCUUCCUUUUACUUUUCUCUCUAGCAACAGCAGCUAAUAAACAUAUCUGAACUUGAACUGGCUUGAGCAACAGGCAGAGAAGUUGCCCUGCUGUUAGAAAAGAGCAGCUUAGAAGGGUCAGAGAUGCCAGGAAACGCUUCCCAGACUGAAGUUUGAAAAAAAUAGAUAAGUCAGAUAUUUCUCAGUGUACGUGGAGCUCUGAACUGUACUGGUGUGUUUCCUCCAACAAUUAAUGUUGUGGCGUCGUUUAACACAUUUUUCGUCAGCUCUGCAGUUUCCAUGACGACUGGGAUCACUGAAUAGGCAACAUUAUUCCACUGUGACUCACUUUCUCUUCAUGCCACAGUCUUACACAAGAGAUGUGCAGCGCAAAUUGUCUUCCGUGAGUUGAUGAAAAAAUCGCUCCCCUUCCUCUUAACAAACUUUGCUGGUGGAGAAAAGGGCGGAGCGGCCAACGGCGCUGUCCCAGUCACCCUCCACUGCUCUAGUGGAGUCCCUGGACCAGGCUGUGUAUUCUCACAGGGGGAUGCAGUAAUGCUGCAGCUCAUUAUCUUGGAGGCUGACCUCAAGCCUGGUAAUUUGUUCAUCCGUGGAUGUUUUUUGUGUGAGCUCAUUGUAAGAGAUUUCCACUAGUCCUUUAAUUGUGCUGAGGAUAAAUUCUUGGAAUGUGUGCAAAUUCACUAAAAAGUUGUUCAUUUA